CCCAGCCGCCAAACCGCGGCCCCCAAAUCCCCCCCCCCCCCCUCCGGCCACCGCGUCGUCCGCAGCCUCGCGCCGGCGAGCGGCGACGCCGACGGAGCACGAAUCCCUCCACCCAGUCCCCAUGGAGGGCGGCGGCGAGCCGGGCUGGUACGUGCUGAGGCCGAACCAGGAGCACAUCGGCCCCUACGCGCUCUCAGAGCUGCGAGAACAUUUUGCUAAUGGGUACAUCAACGAGAGCACAAUGCUCUGGGCAGAUGGGAGGAGUGAAUGGAUGCCAUUGUCAUCGAUUCCUGACCUACUUGUGGUGAUCCAAAAGAAGGAUCAACCUGAUGAAGGAAUUGAAGAUGAUUUUGAUAAAUUUCAAAAGGAGGUCAUAGAAGCUGAGGUGGAGGUGGAAGCCUUGAAAGACAAGGCUGCAGAUAGCAACUUAAACCAAGAAGAUGGGGCUAAUGAUCCUGAUGAGCGACCAGCAACCCCACCGGAUGGCGAGGAAGAAUUUACUGAUGAUGAUGGUACUAUUUACAAGUGGGAUCGUGUUCUGAGGGCAUGGGUUCCUCAAAAUGACCUAGCAGAAAAAAAUGACAACUAUGAAGUUGAAGACAUGACUUUUGCACAUGAGGAAGAAGUUUUCCAAGUACCAGACGUUUCUGGUUCAACCACAUUAGAAGAAAACAACGCUUCUGCCGAAAUUGAAAUCAAAGAACCAACAAAAGUAGAGAAGGGAGCAGAUAAGAAGCGGAAGUCUUCUGAGAAGCCAGCUGAUAAGAAGGAAGCUAACAAACCUCCAGAGAGUUGGUUUGAUCUCAAAGUGAACACACAUGUCUACAUUACUGGUUUGCCUGAUGACGUCACGGCUGAGGAGAUUGUGGAGGUAUUUUCCAAGUGUGGAAUUAUAAAGGAGGACCCAGAGACAAGAAAACCCCGAGUAAAAAUCUAUACUGAUAAAGAAACAGGCAGAAAGAAAGGUGAUGCGCUAGUGACCUACCUUAAGGAGCCUUCUGUAGCUUUAGCAAUUCAGUUGUUGGAUGGGACAUCAUUUCGCCCAGGUGGUAAGACUCUAAUGUCUGUAAGCCAGGCCAAAUUUGAGCAGAAGGGUGAUGUUUUCAUUACCAAGAAGGCAGAUAAACAAAAGAAAAGGAAAAGCAAGAAAGUUGAGGAUAAAAUUCUUGGAUGGGGUGGACAUGAUGACAAGAAGGUGACAAUUCCAUCUACAGUUAUUUUACGGCAUAUGUUUACUCCAGCUGAAUUGCGAGCCGAUGAAACUCUUCUUCCUGAGCUUGAGGCAGAUGUUAGAGAAGAAUGUAUGAAGCUUGGUCCAGUUGAUAAUGUCAAGGUCUGCGAAAAUCAUCCCGAGGGUGUUAUUUUGGUGAAAUUCAAAGACCGGAAAGAUGGUAUCAAAUGCAUAGAGAAGAUGAACGGAAGAUGGUUUGGUGGGAAACAAGUUCAGGCGAGUGAAGAUGAUGGUUCUAUUAACCAUGCUCUGAUCCGUGAUUAUGAUGCAGAGGUGUCAAGGCUGGAUCGAUUUGGAGAAGAGUUAGAAGAGUCCACAUAGCAUGUCGAUAACCUGGCGAUUAAUAUUGCUCUGUAGCUAAUGGUCGAUCACCUGGCGACUAAUAUUGCUCUGUAGCUGAUAGCAUGAGGGUACAAAGUUUUACAAUUAGCUCUUUGCAUAGGUUAUUUCCAUUUGCCUGGUUAAUGUUAUCAAGGUUGCUUCUGGAUUAGCUUUAAGCAGCCAUUUGUUGUCGUCCAUCAACUAUACGUUAUCUAGAUGUACAUUAUGUAGAUUAAGUUUUUUUCUCCUAAUUAACAUGUUCAUUUUGCCAUAUUAACAUGUAUCAACUCGCCAUGCUCCUUGGCGUGCAUAAAUACACACUGCUGAAGUGCUGAUGAUAUCAGCAACUUCUAAGAAAAGUCAGAAGAGUAUUUAUUGCCCUAACGUUUGCAUUUGGACUUCGCGCCUGGGCCUAAUAGGAUAUUGCAUGGUCCCCUCAAAUCAGACCACAGGUCUAAUUGAUUCUCGUUGCGAAAAUAGUUUCCCUGCCCAGUGUGAUAAAUAUCAAGUUAAGUAGUCAAAAGUGAAAAUAUCUCAUAGGGUGCUCCAAAGUGAUCAAAUUAUUAAAAAUUAUAGAGGGAGCAGAUAUAAAGGCAUUCGAUUUGAAAAAAUAAAUUAUAAAAAAAAGAUCAAACUGAAAAAUAUUUAAGAAAAAUAGAGAGAAGAGAGUUGGGGUGGUCCAAAGUACAAUAAAUAUAAAAUUACCCAUUGUAAAGUGAGA